AUGACUAUGCAGGAGUACGUGAAUAGGUUUGAGUAUCUGGCGAGAUUUUCUUCUCAAAAUAUGACAAAGGAGUGGAAAUGUUUGAAGUUUGAGCGAGGACUUAAACAUGAGCUUAAGAAGGUGGUGACUCCUUUACGAGAGAGGAGAUUUCACGUCUUGGUGGAACAGGCCAAGAGUGCCGAGCAUUUGGAGAAGGGCCCUGGCCCAGUGGUGAGCAGACACCAGAAGAGUGUCGUAGAGGCGCGACAAAUGAAAAAGUCGUACAGCCGACCACAAACAUCUGGGGGUCCCACUUGCUAUCAUUGUGGCGGACCUCAUUUGAAGAGAAACUGCCCACAACUGACCGGUGGAGUAGGGGGAUCCGGUGAUCGUCGCAAGUGCUUCAUCUGCGACAAACCGGGCCAUUUUGCUAACAACUGCCUUGAGAAAAAGAGUCUUGGUGCGAAGAAACCAGCAGUAGCUUCGCCAGCAGAACAAGCACGAGCAGUUGGGAGAGUUUUUGCCAUGACAUCUACUGAGGCGACUCAGUCAGGUAAUCUUAUACUUGAGUCUUGUUUACUUAUGGGGCAUAAGGUAUUAGUUUUAUUUGAUUCUGGCGCAACCCAUUCCUUUAUUUCUAAUGCUUGUGUGGGACGAUUGAGUUUGGUGACACGUGACUUGGGGUGUGAGUUGCUUGUUUCAACUCCUUCCUCGGGCCAGGUAGCUACCAGUUCAGUCUAUGUUGGGUGUUCAAUGGUGGUGGCAGGUCACAGAUACAAGGUGAACUUGGUGUGCUUGCCCUUGGAGGGACUGGAUGUGAUAUUGGGAAUGGACUGGUUGUCUAUCAAUCACAUCAUAAUUUAUUGUGGACGGCGCAAUUUGGUAUUCCCAAAGCAUGAAGGGUUGGGAUUGAUAUCAUCUCGAGAAGCGGAGAAAGCAUUACAAGAUGGGGUUGUGUGUUUUAUGGUGAUGGCCAAGCCAGAGAAGAAAAGUGCGGCGGAAGUGAUUCAGGCUAUACCGGUGGCUAAUGAAUAUGCAGACGUGUUUCCAGAUGAAGUGCUAGGGUUGCCGCCGAGUCGAGACAUUGACUUCACCAUUGACCUCAUUCCUGGUGCAGGUCUAGUGUCUAUGGCUCCGUAG